CAAUCAAGGACGUUUUAGCUGUGCUGUAUACUUGACUGUGAGAGCGAAGGAAAUGCAAAGGAAAAUCGUCAAAACAGUUGCACUAUUUUUGGUCUUGGUGCUUGUAAAUUUUAAAAUAAUACACAGAAGAAUGCUCGCCAACGAAUGGGUCGCGACGACCAAAGUGGCUUUCCAAAUCAAGCAAGUCACCUGAGAGCUGCUGUGUGAAGCAGGACAUGAUAUCUGACCCCACGUCUACAGCUGCAUCCGGACCCUCCGAGCAGCAGAGUAAGAGCUCACAAAAUGAGGAUGAGGCCAACCCUUCUGCAGUUGUCAACAACUCCGAGGAAGAGUCCGGCAAUGAGAACAGACAGAAGAGGGGGAGGCGUAGGAAAAGACCUCGCAAGGAAUCGGAGAAUGCCACAAAGAGCAAAAUUGCCAAAGGCCGCCGCAGAUGUAGCAGCGUUAGAAAAGACAGGGUCUGCCAGCGUAAACGUCCUCACGUGGAGGCCGCCACUUUGUUUGACGUCAUCACCAUGGGCAGGAGUGCCAUGGGGGCGGUGAUUGACGGCUGGAUGGAGGCCUAUGUGGCAGACAGAGAUGCAUCCCUCCUCGACCUUAUCACAUUCUUCAUCCAGUGCUGCGGGUGCAAAGGCGUGGCCACAGCUGAAAUGUGUCAUACCAAAAGCGACAGUGACACCAUGGACAAGAUGGUGGAGGAGCUGGUUGAAGACAUGGAUGAGGUUGCUGGUUUGCAAUACAAGAAGUUUCUGGCUUUUCCGUGGAUCCUCACCAUCACCUGGCCCAUGGAUGCAGACAGCAUGGAGUAUCCUCUGAUCCAGCCUGGACCCUACAGCCGGUGGUUUCACUCGGAGUUGAGCGACUUUGUGUCGGUGCUGGUCUCUCAGUGUCAACACAGCAUCCUCUUUGACAGCUACUUGAUGAGCACGCUCGUCUCGCUGCUUUCCGAGCUCUCCGACUCCCGUAUACGAGCUUUCAGACACACCUGCACGCUAGCAGCGGUCAAACUGCUGAGCUCCCUGAUUGAAGUGGCUCUGAGUCUGAGCGUGGGUGUCAGAAACAGUCAGAAGCGGCAGCAGGUGCAGAGGCCCAGCAGACAGAGGAACCAGGUGCAGCAGAAAGUGACCCAGCUGCAGGAGAAGAGAGUGGAGCUAGAGAACAUGAUGGAUGUCAUCUUCAAGGCCGUUUUUCUCAAGAGACAUCGUGAUGUGCUUCCAGAAAUUCGUUCUAUCUGCAUGGAGGAGUUGGGCUUGUGGAUGAGGCUUUACAGCUCUGUCUUCCUCAAUGACACUUACCUCAAAUACAUGGACUGGAUGUCGUACGACAAGAUGCCAGAUGUGCGUCUCAAGUGUGUCUUAGGCUUGCAGAGCUUGUAUGGAGAUCCUGUGCUUUUGCCUCAACUGGACUUUUUCACCAGCCGCUUCAAGGACCGCAUGAUCUCCAUGACUCUGGAUAAAGACAACGAAGUGGCUUUGCAGACCCUGAAACUGCUGCUACUCAUCUCCAAAACAUCGAAAGAUGUGCUCAAUCCAGACGACUACGAGCAACUCCUCAAGCUCGUUUUUUCAUCUCAGCGCCCCCUUGCAGCCACUGCGGGGGAGCUGCUCUUCUUUAUGCUUCUCCCUGCAGCUAAUAAUCUGGAGGGAAUUAAUCAGGAGGACGCUCAUAGACAACAAACACUUGUAAGACUCAAGGCUUUGCUGCAGUUCUACCAGAACUCUAAGCUACACAACCAUGUGGUCUACCUCGUGGACAGCCUGUGGGACUGUGGUGGAACCCUGCUGAAGGACUGGUCUACACUCACCUCUAUACUGCUGCAAGACCCUCACAGUCCCUCGCUGGGUCCAGGACUCACUCAGGCAGAAGAAGUGGUGCUCGUGGAGAUUCUGGUAGCAUCUGUGCGUCAGGCGUCAGAAGGACCAGUGCUGGCUGGGAGGAGCGGUGCAAAGAAGGUAAUGAGUGUCAGAGAGAAGAAAGUUCAGGUUGAAGACUGCACAAGGCUCACACAGCAUUUCCUCAUGGUGCUUCCAGAGUUACUGUCCAAGUUUUCAGGUCGCUGGGACAUUAUUGCUUCCUUGAUGAGGAUUCCUCGGUACUUUCUGCCAGAGACCCCCCUCGCAGACAUGACACAGACGGUCUCCAGAUUGUUAGCAGAGAUGGUAGCCAAUCUAGAGGUUCAUUCGGGUGCUGCUGUCUUGGAGGAGGCGUCCCGUACAUUCCUCAGUCUGUGUGGAGAGGAGACCAUGUGGUGCUCCAUGGCCCGACCUGCUAGAGACUCCAUGGUCCAAUGUUGGGUGGACCACCUCAAAGAGCUGCUGACUGAAUCCCUAACGGGCACCUCUUUCUCUGCUGACGGGGAGAAAACUGGAGACAUUUUAGCCACUCUGAAGAAACUCAGUGCUUUCCAUAACUGCCACGAUCUGUCUCGAUGGAAUCUGUAUGACCUGCUGUCACCCCUCCUGGCAGUGGAGGGCUUCCAAGAGCGGGCGUCACCUGAGCUUUUCCCACAGGUGCUAAACGAAGUGUUUAAGUGUCUGAGCUACUGUGUUCUCUGGUCUCUGAGCACCAGCAGUGAAACUCUGACCUCCAGGGACAAGGCUGUGGCCCAGAGACUCCAGUUGCGUGUCCUCUGUGAGACAAGUCAUCGUUGUCUCUCCCACUCAGACCACAGCGUGAGGCAUCAGGCUUUCCUGGGUGUCUGCGACAUCCUCACAGCCCACUCCUACCAGCAAAAUGUGUGGGAUCCCACCUCCUGGGGGCCCCUGUCCUACACUCCCACCCCCAAGCUACAGACGGCGCUGUUGAGCUUUGUGUGCAAAAACGUCUUUGUGGGAAGAGACUGUGACGACGAAAGCAAAGCCUGCCAGCGCUCUGAGGAGGACAGGAUGGAGGACCUUCACACCAGAAGAAGCACGCUGGCCGCCUACUGCAAGCUCAUCAUACACAGAGUGCUGGAGAUCAGCAUGGCUGCAGACAUAUUUGCACACUAUGUGAAGUACUACAAUGACUUUGGGGACAUCAUCAAGGAGACAAUGUACAGGAGCCGACAGAUGGACAAGAUAGAGAGCGCUCGUACUUUAGUGCUUUCUUUGCAGCAGCUGUUCGUGCGUCUUCACCGGAUGCAGGACGGUGGAGGGACGCCACGGCUUCAUCAGGGAGUCCAGACCUUCACCAGCAUCAAGGAGCUAGCUAGACGUUUCGCCCUCAGCUUCGGGGACCAUGUUAAGUUCCGGGAGUGUGUGGUCCUCAUUCACAGGACCGGCAUCCAAUUCGUGUUCCAGGACUUCGUCCAGACCCCAGAAAGUUCCACACCAGCAUACCUGUCCUACUUGAGCAUUCUGGCCGAGUUCUCCAGCAAGCUGCUCAAACCAGACAAGAGGACAGUGUUGUCCUACUUGCAGAAGCACACCUCAGAGCACUUGGUGGACCUCAGGGAAGACUGCUGGCAGCCACUCCUCUACUAUCAAGCGUCCCUAUUGGCUGUUGCUGAAGUGGAGGAGGCUGCGUCCCGCGGCAGCUCGGACCGGAAGCAGACGGGCCGCUCAGCCUUGUCCAAGAACAAACAGGGAAGUCAAGCUGUGGGACCACUGAGCCCCUCUGAAGCCCACGUUGUAAAGGUCCACAGGUUUGGUCGUCCCAGCCACAAGACCACCCACAUGCUGGAAGACCUCAUGAGACCACCCCCGACUCAAGAAGCCGUCCUCGGCACCUGCGUCCAGGCCACUGAUCAUCAUGUUGAUGAUGACAAUGAGGAUGCUGUGGAUGUUGAACUCUGAGGUUUGGACUGGAAGUCAAAGUACCAAGGCAGCACUUAGUUUUUUUAUCUACCUACGUAGUAGUCCAGUAGUAACAGUACACUAUGUGUAUAUACAGUACAGUAUAGUUACACCUACUUGUACAACAUGGGCGCUUUAAGAACGUACUGUAAAUGUACCAAGGAGGGUUAGGGUCACACUGACAAAAAUUUCAGAAAAAAAGAUGAUUCUUGUAUUUUUUGUAUGGAUUUCUAAUAUAAUUUAAAAUGUUGCAAUUUAAAAAAAAAAAUCUCAAAUAUGCAACUUUCUCAUGAUUCUCAUAAUUAUUUUUGGUAAUAUUGUGACUUUUUCUUGUUUGACUUUAUGCUCAUUAUUUAUUGAUUUUAUUGUAUUCAGCACUUUGGAUCCCCGCACAUUCGCCAUUCAGCAUUUACAGCCCUGCAAAAUUCGCAGAUUUUUGGUCAAAUCUACUACUAUUCUUGUGAUACUACCUUUUUUCUUGUAAAAUUACAACUUUAUCUUAUCAAUAUUCUGGGCUUUAUUCUCAUUUUCCAACUUUUUUGUCAUAAAAUUCGGAAUAUUCUAAGAUUAAAACGUUUUUCUCGUAAAUUACAGAUUGUCAUUAUUCCUUUAAAUGAUUAUUAAAAUCGUUAGCUUUCAACUUUUAACUUUUUCUUCAGCUUUGUAGUAAAUUUACACAUUUAUCCUCAUAUUAUAAUAGUCUGACUUGGUCACAUUAUUGCAUUUUUUUUCUCAUAACAGUACAACUUCAUUCUUGCAACCAUCAGACAAUAUUCUCAUAGGUCACCCCACAAUGUAACAAUGUGGACUUUUCCCUGAUAGUAUUUGUACUUUUUUCCUGUGUAGUAUUUCUUUCCAGUGUGGCCCUAAUACUCAUUGGUAGUAAAUAAGCUAGAGGGGUGGUGCUCUCGCUGGUUUCUUUUUAUGACAGUUGUCAGGUCGACAGUUUGUUACAAAUAUGUAGUGGUGUUCCACAGGACUCAGUUCUCCGCACUCUUAUUUAUAAAAAUGUACAAUAUCGAUCCAAUUUUUAAUAUUUUUAGAAUGUGUUUCCAACAAUGAAGAUUAACAUCAGGAUGCCAAAUAAUAUUGUAAUGUUGAAUGUUUUAGACCAUUGCACUAUGAAGCCCCCCACCCCCCAAAAAUUGUAACUCUACGCACACACACUGCACCUUGUUGUCUUGUUUUUGUAUUGCACAUCUAUGCUGACACUUUAUUAUUGCUCUUUACAAGAAGGGGGCUUAUACAGUGUUCCCUUGUUUAUCGCGGGGGAUGGGUUCCCAAAAUAACAAUAAGUGAAAUCAGAAAAGUAGCCAACUUAAUUUUUUUUUUAACAUUUUUAUGUACUGUCCAUUUUUUUUUUACGUUAGAUAUGUUUUAAGGCUGUAAAACCCCUCACCAUACACUUUAUACACUUUUCUCAGACAGGCUUGAACAUUUUUCUCACAUUUUUCUCUUGUUUAAACACUAAGUUCAAACCUUUGUUUGAAUUUUAAUGCUCAAUCUACGAGGUUGGACACAAGAAACUAUUGAGUCGCGUAUUUCACUCCUCUGACCAUGCCUCUUCGUCCUGGUGCCGCUCCGCUGAGGCGUUUUUGUAUCCUUGUUAAAACAUAUUGCUCCUGUCGUCGUAUUUUCCUCCUCCCAAAGUUUCAUUUAUCCAUAAAGGCGCAUAACGUCUGCUUUACUUGAGCAUGUCCAGAAGUCAAACUUUUUGUGCAAUGGUUAGCAUCAUCCUCUGCCUUUUGGGUGCAGAACGUUUCGUCAACAUUGUGGGUUUUGUCAAACAUACAGAGUUCAGAGUCACUGCAAGUUGUUUGCUUGCGAUCAGACAACAGGAAACACGGCAGUUCAGCGUGAAGGAGAUUGACAAUGCUCAACAGCCAGUCAGGAUGCAGAAGACAAUGGGCAGAUUCUCCCAUAGCCAAUAAAGACGAAGAACACAAUGCAUGGGUUCUCCCUUAGGACGCAGAACACAAUGCGCGUUCAUACGCUGUAAAAAAAACAAAAAAAACCCACUAAAAUUGUGCUAAAAAAAAAAAAAAAAGAAACAGCAAGUCCGCGAAAGUUGAACUGUGAUGGAGCGAGGGAACAUUGUAUAUACAAGUAUAAAAAAAACUAAAUAAAAAUCGUGUGCUCAGCCCGUAACAUUAGAUGCAUCAGAUGUACCUACCAGGGGUGUCACGAGACACCCAACGAUGCACAAGAGUGGGUCCAUGAGAACGAGACGAGACUUUAACAUUAAUUUGAAGAAAAGUACAAUGAAAAAAUAUUAGUGCAAUGAAAAAAUAUUAAUUUAACUGAGUCACAGAACAAUGCAGAUGCAUUUUGAAAUGUUUAUUGUGCUACAAAUCGACACUCAAAGACCAAAUAAACAACUGUUCUGAUAAUAUAUAACAUUAAUAAUCUUUCUACUACAGCUCACUGUUUUUCUCGUGUUUGUCUUUAUUUACUGUACAUCAGGGCUAUCCAGCUGACCUUUCAUAUUUAUCAUAAAGAAAUAAUAAACACAUUUAAAGACAAAUCUGUUUUUAUUAAUUAGCAAUAUUUUUUGCCCUUUUGCUGGGUUUUUGUUUUUUAUUUCUGCAAUGAGCCACGUUCCACAGAUGGCCCCUGCGCUACACAUUGGACACCCAUGCGUGUUUUGCCAGGAAGGCGAGUGUGUCCAAGCUCUGCCUUCUUGGCACUAUUGGUAAAGGCUGGGUUGCAUUGUUGGGGGAUGACUUUUACAGCUUUCAGACGUGUAUUGUACGGCAUCCACGUCACGUCACUCGCGGGCACUGUGAACACCAGGGUAGGUUGGAUUGCAAGGUGUGCCUAAAGCACUUCAUGGGUGCUUCCAAUAUUGCCUUGCACAGUCACUUCCAUAUUACUGUUAUUACUCAUUAUCAUUCAUAGCAUCUAUGCCAUAGUUCAGUCUGAUUGGCUUCUGAUGUCUUGUUCUCAUCAUACAGCUUUUCUCCAAAUGAGAAAGCUUGUCACAUUUUCACGAGAUCUCGUACCUAAUGAAGUGUCCAGUGAGUAGAAUAAAAAUGCCAUGCUAGUGAAAAGUGUCUUCUACUGGCAGUCAUGAAAUAUAAGGCUUUAUUAAGUUGACAUAUAAAAUAAUGUGAUUCCAAGCAAAUCAUUUACAUCACAGCAAAAAUAUUUACAGUCUGUAGAUAUAUUUAUAAAUUAAAUGACCUCUCUCUCUCUUAUACACACACACAAACACACACUGUAUCAAAGCAGGUGACUGUUUUUACAUUGUUGUACAGAAGCUUCUGGUACGAUCACUGGAAUGUCAAGUUAGCCAAUGACGGGAUGGAGGUGUAGUCUAUCGGACUCAAAUUUUCAGGCAACUUCUUCAUCAUGUAAAAAGGUGUAAAGUGCCAAGGAGGAGGAGAAGCAGCAGCAUCAGGCUGCACUGAACAGAAGCGUAGCUUAGGUUAGCUGUAGCUUUGUCAUUCAAAGUCGUCCUCAUACUCGUACUUGUCCAGGUCCAAGUUGCAGUGAGGACUGGGGAUCUCAAAGAGGUGUCUCUUAGUCAGAGCCAGGUCGGCUGAGAUGUGAGGUUCUAAGGGACUCAGCGGGUUCUCGUACCUGAAAAGACGCAAAAUAGCAAACAUUGGUCACUGAAAAACUAUUACUUUACAAACAUGGAGUUCCAAAGUUUGCGUUUCCUUUCUUUCCUUUUUUAACCCGAAGAAAAAUUAUGCAAAACCCAACAGGACGAUGUGGGUGGAGACGCCAAAGGAGAAGCACAUGAAGGUGAAGCAGAGAUGAUGCAGGAGACCAGACCAUCUAAAAUCCACAUACAAUAUACAAAAAAAAAACAAAACGGCUUUUGGUAACACGUUGGGAGUUGUUUCUUAGGAGAAGACUGGUCCGGAGAGCAGGAAGAGGAGAACAUUUGGUUGUUUGGUACUGUGGUGGUCUUACCUUCCGUGGUAGGUGGUGGCCCACCUUCACAGGUUGGUGGUGGUCCUAAAGUUCCACACAACAAACUCAUCAACUACGAGCUAACAGUCAGACUGUGAUGCACUUCCACCUCAUGUCAGUGGCCCCUCAUAUACACUCCUGAUCAAAAUGUUAAGACCAGUUGAGAAAUUGCAAGAAUUUAGGGAACAAAAAAGUCUCAGCUCAAAUGGAGGAUGUUGCCAGUGCCGAGUGCAGUCCAAUAACCAUCAGACAGCGUCUGCGAGAGAAGGGUAUGAAGAGCAAAAAACGCCACAAAAAUGCCCGUUUGGAGAGCAUCAAACAUGGGACAUUGAAAGGGGGAAGAAAGUUUUAUUCUCUGAUGAGGAAAAAAUGUAACCUUGAUGGUCCUGAUGGCUUCCAACGUUACUGGCAUGACAAGGAGAUCCCACCUGAGAUGUUUUCCACAUGGCACAGUGGAGGGGGCGCCAUCGUGAUCUGGGCUACAUUUUUUCUUCAAUGGAACAAUAGAGCUUCAGGUUGUGCAGGGGUGUCAAAUGGCAGCUGGCUAUGUGGAGAUGUUGCAGGGGACAUCCCUCACGACUGAAGGCCCUCGUCUGUGUGGUAACGACUGGCUUUUUUAACAUGACAACGCUGUAGUUCACAAUACCCGCCCGACAAAGGACUUUUUCCAGAGGAACAUCAUCACUCUUUUGGACCAUCCUGCAUGUUCCCCUGAUCUAAAGCCAAUUGACAACAUUUGGGGAUGGAUGGCAAGGGAAGUUUACAAAAAGCCCUUUUUUGAAAAUGUUAUUACUAUUUUUGUUUUGUUUUUUUCAGCUAUGGUCUUAAACCUUUGAUGAGCUGAUGAACAGCCUAUUUCACUUUAAUGGCUGUUUGCAAUAAAUUGCUUACUCAAAAUUUUUUUUAAUCUCACUUCCAUUUCUUCUUUUUGCAUUUUGAAGCUCUACUUAGAACCUCCUUAAGAUCCAACAGUGCAAAAUGUAC